AUGGUUAGGGUUGAAUACGUUAAAGAGAAAGAGAUUCAGUUCAUGCAGAGGCCAUGCAAAGUUACAAGGACAGAUGAAGAUGUGCCACAACCUAGACAGACAACUGAACCUAAGGGUUCAGGGUCUGAGAGAAGAGGUCAGCUAGGGACAGGCUGGAGUAGAGGGGAUGAGCCACCCAUAGACUGGUGUUUGAAGCAGAAAGUACGCUUCAUGUCACCCAAGUCCUUCUCCUGGUGCUGUACGCUCAAAUCUCUAGAGGAGGCACAGGGCUUGAAUGAUUUCAUUACCAAGCUCAAGGAACCAAAGGUAGAUAUUACAGAGUGCGGACAGUCAUCAGGGAAGGAGUUCCAGAGAAGUAUAAUGUACUGGAUCCACCCUAGCCUGCCCUGGGUGAAGCUCUUCCCUAGGAUGACUGGAGAUAACAACAGAGUCAGUCGUGCCGCUCUGAUGACCACAGAUGAUGAUGUGCUGGCAGCUCUCAGGACAGACUGGGCAGAAAGCUUCACUUCUGCGUUUUACCUGGUGAGGGCGAGGUACUGUCCUUACAUCUACCUGUGUGCCCAUCAAUUCACAGCCAUGUUCCUGACGACAGGUACCCAGCAGGAGACACUGCGGGGUGUGGUCACACCCACUACCCGGGGCUUCAGAGAAGCAUUAGCUAAUGAAGGAAUUGAGUUCACAUUGCCAUUGUUGGAGAAGCAGAGAGUGGAUAGUGAGGGCAACUCUGUGGAGAAUGGGGUUGAGAAGAAAGAAUCAGGGACGGGCGACGAGGACCUGGAUAACGAGGAUGAUACUGCAGCCUCAGUGUGGCUGGAGAGCAUUGGACUGAACAAGGCUAACUUUCCCUCCCUCGAUCCCAACAAAGUCAAGAUACAGCGUGAAUGUUUCAGAGCUAUAGACAAUCGACCUCAGUCAUUGGUCCAUGUGGAGGGCAGCAAUGUCCAGGCUUUGUUCAACUUCCUUUUGAACUGGCGUAGUUGUGUGGCCAGCAGUGGGCCUCAGACAGGCCUCCCACCAACCAUCCUGUCGCCUGUGGGAUUUAGGGGGGCCACACUCAAGUCUCUCAAGGUGAAGCAGUCAUCCGUGAAGCAGCAAGAUGAAGCUGGUGUGGUCACCAGUUAUGGAGUGCUGGAGGUGUCUGGUCCAAUCUUACCUCAAAACCUCCAGGCUAUCUCACAGCUGUUUAAGUCCACACAGGAUGGGGAGUACACGGCUACCUUCCACAACCACGAGGCCACUGUACCAUUCAAUGCUGCCUUCCACAGCUCCACGCAGGGCAAUGAUAAUGCAAGUCCACCACACCAGUCCAUAACCACUGAAUUGAACACUGACACUCAAGGAACACCCCAAACUGGGACUGUGAAAGAACUUGAAUUUUCCCAGAGUAAAUUCUUCUGGAAGUGCUACUAGUAUUAAUGAGGAUAUAGAUGUAUGCUUUAAAAUGAUAGG